AUGCAGAAGUUCCAGCGGUCAAACACCGCCUCGUCGCUUGCAAGCGACACUUCGCCCCCGAAGAAGAGCGACCCCAUGGCAGCUGCAAUGGACAAUUCAAUCCAGAACAUGAAGGAGAGCUGGGCGAAGGAUGUCGUGAACAGGGCGAACAAAGAAAAGAAGAACAAGAAGCGCAAGAGAUCUUCCUCCAGCUCUGACCGUCGGGCCCGUUCACCGACGCCAGAUCAGUGCGAGCAUGAAGAUCAACUGGCCUUGCAACUCGGCCUGAAGACGAAGCAAAUGAAGUUGAAGAGCAUCGUCAAGUACGAGUCGUUGUCUUGUGCGCAGAUCUCCUUCUUGAUCGCCGAGCCGCAUCGCAGCAUAGCGAAUGUCACCGUGAUGGACCUCGCCGAAAUCGGCGGCGAGUUGUCUUCGUUGGCCGAGAAGGACGUGCUGAAGACUCGGCUUACAGGCAAGAAGCGGGAGAAAGCAGACAAACAAGCGAUCACGGACAUGCGGGACAGCGAGCAGAAGCAUGCUGUGGCAGACUCCAAGUGGAAGCAGAGGCUGCUCUCCGUCUUCGAGCUUCCUGGCAAGAUGGACACAGAGACUGGCCGACGGAAGACUGCUCUCGUGCAAUUCGACAAUCUGGUGCAGCUGCGACGAAGUUUGGCACCUCGCAUCAAAGAGCGUCUCAAGGAUGGCUCUGACAGCUUCCUGCAGGAAAUCGCGACCCAGAUGUCCAAGCUGAAAGCUGAAGCUCGGAAGGACUUGGAGACCAUGGAGUCAAAGCUCUUCCACGGCGGUUCGAGGCAAGCCUUGGAGGUGAAAGCCACUUCGCUUGGGCCCGCUCGGAACCCUCAGCUGGGUAAGCCGGGCAAGGCUUCGAAAAGGAAUCCGGACGAAACCACUACCUUGGCUGGCUCCGUUCCCGAGCACAUGAGCGACAGCGAGGCUGCCGGUGACUCCAAGGAGGAGAGCGAGGAUGACGAGGACUUAGUCAAGAGGCCGAGCUGUGUUCACGACGAUGACAGGGACGACGAUCUCUUCAGUACGACGAGGUUUCAGAGAAGCUUGGAACAUGCUGUGGAUGAGGCCCAGGCCAAACCAAGGCUUUCAGAUCGGCCAGUCGCAGAUGCUGAGCUCGCUUCUGCGGCUCCGGAGCCGCUGCCUGUUGUCUCGGGGCCAGCUGUCUCGGGGCCAACUACCAUUUCGGACGAGAUGAAAGAAAUGCUGUCUGAUUUCCUGAAUGAUGUGGAUGUGUUCCACGACCUCCUCUUUGCGGCUGGGCUCCGGGUGCCCCGAGAUCUUCUUAUUGCCCUUGAUGCCUGGCCGACCGACUCCAAUCUGGCCAAAUUCUUCUUUACUUCUGACGCUGCCAAGCAGAAGUUCGGCCAGUUGCGAUUCCCCCAGAAAAUGUCUUGUACGGCGGUUCUCAAAGCUUUGCUGGAGCAGAAGGACCUGCCCGCAGUCAGUGAAAGCUUCGUGUCCAGUCGAAGCUUUGUUGCAGCGUGUGAUCCAUCAGAACCCUUGGCAGGAUAUGCUGCGAAGUGUUUUGGAGGCCACUGA